GAGAAAAAGAGGAGCAGAAACGAAAACUCAAAAAGUGAAGCUCGAAAGUAGUCCUGCAGCUGCAGGUUCACCAGUCACCACCCUCCAAAACUUUUACCAAUGCACCAACAAAUGAGUCAUUGACCACCCAAUUGAAUCAAAUUGUAUGGUUGGUUCAUGAACACAAGACUACCGUCUAUAUAUAUAACCAGGGCAUCCAGCUAUCCAAGAACCACCAAAACCAGAAACAUCAAGCAGCAAGUUUAUAGACAAUGGAGAAGAGUAUCAUGGUGAGCGGUGACGAACACAAGGCCAAGUUUCUGUCCUACCUGAUCACCGUGUUCAUGGUGGCCAUGGCCGUCUUCUUCUCGUCCAGGAUGGCUGGCUGGGCCGUCUGCCCCGGCGCCGGCGGCAUCACCGGAGGAUGCGUCUCCGGCGGCGAGGACGUCGCCAAGACCUGCCUCGCCUUCGCGCUGCUCACGGUGGCGGCGCAGGCUCACCUCGCGAGCGUGCUGCUGAUGGAUGAGAAGAAGAAGAGGAAUCCGCCGGCGGCGAGCUGGGUCGCGUGGCUGCUCGCCGUCAGUACCUGUGCGUCCGUCUCCGGCAUGUUCCUCGCCUACAUCAGCUACGGCGGCUUCGUGGCGGCGACCUCGCUGGAGUGGCCGGUGGCCGGCGUCGCCUCCGCCGUCAACCUCGCCGUCGCCGCGUGCACCGUCCUGCGUUACGUGCGUGUGAACGGGGAUAUGGACGGUUAGAUCGAUGUGUACCGUGUUCGUCGUCGUGUCGACCAGAUCAACCAGAUUCAGUCGAUGGGAAGGAUCAUGGCGUUUAAGUAGCUAGUCGUGUUAUCUAGUACUAGUAGCUUCAUAUGUAGCUAGUCGUGUUGUGUAUCUCGGUUGUUGAUGGGCACGGAUGUUGUGUGUUCCACUGUGACGUCCUUUGUGGUUCUUGCUUGGCCACUAGAACAUGUAAGGAACUUCAUAAUAUGCCGUAUGAUGCAUCUCUAUCUGAAGAACUACUUGACUAUUUUCUGGCUUCC